UAGUAGGAGAUGUACAAGAAAAAGUCAGGUUUGGUCCAUGUUAAGGAAAUCAACAUGAUUUCAACAUUAAUGAAAUCAACAUUCUAAUUGAGUAGAAUAAUUCAUUUCUGAAAUGUAUUCAUACUAUCGUAGAGUUAAUUAUUUCAACCACAGUCUAAAGAAAUGAAGAGUGCCAAACAUGCAGGAGGUUGUUGCACCAGCAGUAAUAGGGAUUGUAUCACUGUGGUACACUUUUGGUAGCGGCACCAGACUAGAUGUUGGAAGUAACAGUGCCCCCACCCUCACCGUCCUGCCCCCAUCUAGUGAGUAGCUGUCCAGUACAACAACAGCCACACUGAUGUGUCUGGCCAACAAGGGCUUCCCCUCAGACUGGACCUUGAGCUGGAAAGUGGACGGGACCAGCCAGAAGCAGGAGGCCAGUCCUACGGUCCUGGAGAAGGAUGGCCUGUACAGCUGGAGCAGCACCCUGACUCUCACUGGCCAGGAGUGAACCAAGGCAGGAGAGGUGACCUGAGAAGCCCAGCAGAAAUCCCAGACUCCAGUCACCAAGACCCUGAGGAGGGCUGACUGUUCUGGAUGGAGGAUGGGAAUGACCAAUGUUUGAGAGGGAUGCACUCAGUCCAGCCGGGGACAACAGGUUACCAUUUAACAGCACCUGAGAGAAGGAGAUAUCGUCGGUCCAUGAAUUGGGAGACUAUAUUCAGCAUUCAGAAUCUAUUUGUUGCAGAUACCGUAGCCUGUUUCACCUCUUCCACGACUAAACACAGUAAACCAAUGCUAUUUCUGGAAAAUAUGUAUAACACUUUGGCGUCAGUGCCAUUUGCAGCAAACUAUCAGAGGGGAAAGGAUAUAAAUGUGUCCAGGAAGCUCAAGAUGGAGGAUAUACUAUGAUAUAGUUGUGGGGCUAUGACAUCAAACUGAGACCUUCACCUUGGUUAAUGGUUCCAUGUUGUUAAUGGCGGUCAGGCCAUUAAGCCCAUUACCUCCAACAAUCUCUUUAGCUGUGUUUGGUUUCCCAUUGACUAUUAAAAUCACCUCCGGUCUAAAUCCAAUUAAAACAUUGUUCACAAAAUGUCUGAAGAGUAUCGCAAGGGUAGAGGGGAUCCAAAAAGGACUGUUGUUGUAAUCUCUUUGUAAAUUUCUCAGAUGUUACCAAAAAUAGAAGCUAGCAUGACAAACUAACUGAAGCUAUAGCAUGCUAGCUAACCAAAUACGUUGUCGAGUUUAAUUUGGUCUCAUGAUGACAGUGGAGGCUGCUGAGGGGAGAACGGCUCAUAACGGAUAGCUGAAAUGGAGUUAAUGGAAUGGUAUCAAAAACAUGAUACCGUUCCAGCCAUUAUUAUGAGCCGUCCUCCCUUAAGCAGCCUCCACUGCAUGACGACAGUUUCUCACUUUGUACGUUUUUUGGAAGAAUUACAGCAAUUGGCUCAAUUUACAUUCAAAAGCUAACUUUGGUAAUGAUCACUAAUGUCUAUGGGAAGGCUAGGAGACAUGCCUCUCCUUCGACGCCAUAUCAUUCGUUGCUGAAUUUCUGCUGGAACAUUUUUACAUUUUAGUCAUUUUGCAGACACUUAUCCAGAGCACACAUCUUCAACUUUUGACAUUUUUUAUACUGGAUUCAAAACACACAACCCUGGUGUUGCAAGCACCAUUCUCUACCGACUGAGCCACACGGGACCUCUAUUUGCAUGGACUUUGCAGGAUAUUAUGGGAUUGAUAGACAACAAAACAAUUAUAUAGCCUAUGUAAGGAUGUGUAACCAGAUGUGUUUCGUUAUCUAAUACAGUUUAUCAGAUUCAGAACACACAUCUAGUACAUUUCCUGUUGCGUUAGUUUAUAUCGCCAUCCAAUCCCAUUCCAAGUGCCAUAAAGUACAGUAGUGCAUACAGGUCCUGGACUGAUAUUGGUUCAUAAAAUGCUUGUCGACCACUUGUAUUAUAAUCUGCUGAGAUAAGGCAUGUGAGUGCAUGUGUCCUUAUUGGGAUGAUAUUCACAGGACAUACCAGAAUAGGGGACUUUCUUGCCGGCUUGUUGAUGCUACAAAUCAACCAGAUUGGGUACUAAAAUCCUGAUAAGUGACUCCUCCACACCGAGAGAGGGGGUGCCUGGGUGGUUUCUGAGUCCAAGCCAUCAUAAACACCUCUGCCCCUGACCAUAGAGCGAGAGGAUGCGGCACUCACCAUAGUGACAUGGAACUCUGGUGACCACGCAGGUGGAAGCAAUGCCCGAAAUAAACAGAUAAAUGAGACAGAAAGAGGGGGGCUGCGGAUGCAGAUAACACCACGACACGACGCCUCCGCCAACAAGAUUUACUGUGAAGUGGGGCUACAGAGGGGGGUGUGUGGGGAAGGUGGGUUAACAGCCAGUCGUAAAGAACCGGGGGAGGGGUUGCCUCAUAGGGAGAAACAAGGGAGAACGGGAGGAGAGAAAGAAAAAGAGAGAGAAAGAGAGAGUGAGCAAGAAAGGGACGUAGAUAAAGCCUGAACCGGCAUCAUGAGCUGUGCACUGCCCUACGACUCCUUGCCCGCUCGGCUGAGCCCCACGCGAGCGGUGAACUGGGAACGUGAGCAGCUAGCGGCGCAGAGGCUCUCCUCUCCCAGAGGGCUGAGCCUCCUCAACCCUUCUACUGGGCUUCGGCGGCACUCGGCACUCCCCGGGUACAUGCUCUCGCCCUUCCAGGAGCAGCAACACCAGGAGCACCAGGAACAGCUGCAGCAACAGCGCCUCUCAUUGUCCCUGUGCUCCGAGGCCUCCAUGGCGCCCCCUGCUCCUCACAUGGGUGGACCCCUGCCCUGCUGCCGGCCAGUGGGCGUCAUGCCCCUGCUGCGCCUGGCCCUGCUGGCCUUCAGCUGCCUCUUUUGGGCGGCCGGUCUGGCCAUCUUCACCCUGGGCGUGUGGGCCCAGGUAUCACUGGCUGACUACAUGCUGCUGUCGGCCAACCGCUACCCCAAUGCCCCGCUCAUCCUUCUGGCCACGGGGGCCACCAUCACAGCCUGGGGCUUCCUGGGCUGUCUGGGAGUGGCCGCCAACCUACCCUUCGUGCUGCGGGCAUACGGCUUCAUCCAGUUGGCGGCACUGAUGGCAGGGCUAGCCGCCGGCCUCUCGGGCCUGUUUUACCGCGAGGACAUCGCCGGAGGGUUCCGUAGCGGACUGCAGCAUGCAGUGGCGGGCUAUGGCGAAGAUGAGGGCCGCUCCAACGCUCUGGAUAGCCUGCAGAGGGCACUAGAGUGCUGUGGGGCCGAGGGCUGGCGUGAUUGGCUGACCUCCGACUGGGCCAAUCAGGACGCAGCCUUCUCGCCCAUGGGCAAUGGCUCCUCUGUGUCGCUACCCGACAGCUGCUGUAUGCAACGCAUGGGCUGCAGAAACCGACCCUUGCCAGCCGUGGGCAGUGAAGGGGUGGCGGCUGCUGGGAUCCAUCCCCACGGAUGUUUCCGGAAGGUGUUCAGUUUCGUCAAUGAUAACGUCUUCCACAUUGCUGCUACCGUGCUGGGGCUAGCCUUCACCCAGAUAGGUGGCAUCGCCCUGGCCUGUCUACUUGCUAAUCGCCUGCAACCAAGACUACACCGACCAGUCGCACACUAAUAAAGAGAGUGGGCAAUACUGGACCUUGACUAGGGAUCAACCAAUCGCAGAGUUAUACCAUUUGGCCUGUACAAGGCCUCGAACUUCACAUUUGGGAUUUUGUGUAGAAGAGGAAAAUGGAGGACAUUUAUUUUUACUCUGUCAUUACUUUAAUCCAAGAACGAGGUUAGCUGUGACAUACCUGCUCCUUUUCAUAUCCACUCACCAUCUCUUUCUCCGACCAACAAUCCUGAGGUAUUUACUGUAUAAGACCGACCAUUGACUGACUGUAAAUAUACUGCCUGCUGUUCAUGAACAAAUGUGAACACUGUACAUAUACAUGUGUGAAAUGACUGUUUAACAAGAUUUGCAGUGAAACAAAGUGUUAUUUCAUUAUGUGCUGUUUUGGCAGUCAUAAUAACUCAUUUAGUUGUUCCUUGUAAAUAAUCCGGCACAGAGGAAUGUAAUAUUUACUGUUAUAUUUGAACAGUAUGAUUGUUAUGAUCAGACCAUACACUCUUAGACAAAA